AUGGUAGCCACAUUCAAUGGAAUGAAUGGCAUUGGUGGUAGUGUUAUGUUCCAAGCAUCCGGUGACAAGGGGACAACAACUCGUAUCAAGGCUGCCGUUACAGGAUUGAAUGGACUUGACGCUUCAAACAUGUUUGCUUGGCACAUUCAUGCUUCGGCUGUUAGUAACAAUGAUUGUGCUACUGCUGGUGGUCACUUCAACAAGCUCGGUAUCGAUGAGGCCGCUGUAGUCUGUACUGAAGACGACGCCACCUUCUUGACGAAUUGCGCAACCGGUAAUCUUGCUGGCAAGUUUGGAAUGAUGUCAAACGCCGGAUCCAAGACUGGAAUUGAUCACACCUUCGGCCUCAACGAUAUUCGAGGACUUUCUGUUGUUAUUCACAAGAACGAUGCUGCCAAGACUAGGCUUGCAUGUGCCAACAUAAUGGACGACCCAGACGCCGUGCCAUUCGGGAACGGAAACGGAAUGGCAUCCCCGACUCCAUCAGUAUAUUACAACGGAUAUGGGCCAUUGAUGUCUCCAUCUCCAUCCCCUACUCCGUCACCUUUGAAUAACAAGGCAGCUUUACCCAUUCCGUCGAACAAGGCAAAAGCAUCUCCCAUGCCAUCAAACAAUAUGAAGGCUUCACCAAAGGCUUCACCAAUUGCGUCGCCAAAUGUAAAAGCUUCGCCAAACGUGAAGGGUUCUCCAAAACCAUCUCCCAAGAUGAAUUAA